AUGGAAGAAAUAACAUAAACCUAAUAAUUAUUAGAUUAUCAAUAAAAAGAAGAUGGGUUAGUUCUACAUAAUCUUGAAGGAUAUUGGAAUGUAUAGGGAUAGCCAUAGAUUAAAUUAUCAUUUAAAUUUAAUAUUGGAUUAUAUGCAGUUAUAGGAAAAAUUGGAUCUGGAAAAUCAUCAUUAUUGAAUGCAAUUAUUGGUGAGAUGCCAAAAACAACUGGUUCAAUUUUAUUAAAUGGAGAUGAUAUCAAAAAUAGGAAAGUUGGGUAUGUAGAAUAAGAACCUUUUAUAUUUCCAGCUAGUUUUAAAGAGAAUAUUCUAUUUGGAAGACCAAUGGAUGAAUGUUUAUACUAAUUAGUAUUAGAAUAAUCUAAUUUGAUAAUGGAUCUUCAAAAUAUGGAAAAAGGUGAUAGUACUAUGAUAGGAGAAAAAGGACUCACUUUAUCAGGAGGAUAGAAGGCUAGAUUGAGUUUAGCAAGGGCAUUAUAUGAAGAUGCAGAAAUUUAUUUAUUAGAUGAUCCAUUAUCUGCAGUUGAUGCUAAAGUAUCUAGAUCUAUAUUUAAUAAUCUCAAAUAAUUGGCUAAAUAAAGGAUUAUUAUAUUGGUUACUCAUUAAGUUUAAUUUGCUCCUGAAUGUGAUUAGAUUAUAAUUAUGAAUGAAGGAUAGAUCAUGGCUAGUGGUGAAUUUAAAGAUGUAAACUAACAUUUAAAUUUAAUUACAGAUACAUUCUCAUAACAAGAAUAAUAGGUGUAAUAUAAAAAUAAUGUAACUAAAUAAGAUAAUGAAUUAUAUAAAAAGGAAGAAUUGACUUCAAAGCCAGUCACAUUUGAUACUUAUAAGAGAUUUAUUAAAUAAUGGUCAUGUCCUUUUUUAUUAAUCAUCAUGAUAAUAUUUUAUCUUGGUUAAGAAGUUCUAUUAUAAUUAUACAUAUUCUUUAUUUCUGAGUAUGAAGAGGAGGGUUCCUUCUUUUUAUUGAUUGGAAUGUUGUGUAUUGGAGCUUUGAUAUUAAAUUUAAUAAAGUAUGGAAUCACUACUUUUAGUAUUUUAUCAGGUACAAAAUAAACUCAUGAUUAAAUGAUAAAUUCAUUAAGUUAAAGUCCUAUUUCAUAUUUUGAUACUAAUCCAUCAGGUAGGAUACUUAAUAGAUUUUCAAAUGACAAAAGUUUAUGUGAUUUUACAAUGAAUUUAUCAUUAUGGGAAGUGUUUGAGUUAAACUCAUAUUUCUUAGUUUCUAUUGCAUUUUUAAUUUCAAUACUUCCUUAUUUUGUAAUAGUUAUGUUUUUCAUAAUAUGCUUUUAAGUUUAUAUAUUAACAAGAUCUUAUAAAAUUAUAAUAGAGACUAAAGAAUGCGAUUCAAUUUAAAAAAGUCCACUUUUUGAUUUCUUUAAGAAUACAUUAAAUGGAAUAGUGUAGAUAAAGUUAUAUAAAUAAUAAUAAUACUUUAAAUCGUUCUUUAAUUAAUUAUCUAAUAAUUGUAUAAGAUCUAAUUUUACAUUUUAUUAGUGUUCAACAAAUUUUGGAUACAAAGUACAUUUAUCUGGCUGGUUUGCAUCAGUAAUAGGUACAAUGAUUGUGAUUGGAAUUUAUGAAAAUAAAUCUAUAUUCUCAUAAGCUUUAUUGAUUUUAACUAUCUUUAAUGAUCAAUUUUAAUGGUGUAUGAGACAAAUGAUAUAAGUACAUGCAAUGAUGUCAUCAUGUUAGAGAAUGUAUGAGAUCAUUGAUUUAACCUCUGAAGCUCCAUAAUAUCUUGAAUAGGUUUAAAACUGGCCAUCAGUUGGCUAAGUGAAAUUUGAAUAAGUUGAGUUGAGAUAUAGAUAUAAUACACCUUUGAUUUUAAAAGGAAUCAAUUUUGAAAUUCCCUAUAAAAAAAGAAUUGGAAUAAUUGGUAGAACUGGGGCAGGAAAGUCUUCAAUAUUAUAAGCAAUGUUUAGAAUGUCAGAAAUAGAAAAAGGAUAAAUAAUUAUUGAUGAUGUUAAUAUUUAAAAGUUAGGCUUACAUUAAUUAAGGUCUUCAAUUGGUAUUAUUCCUUAGAGUCCAUUUUUAUUUAGUGGAAGCAUUAGAAGAAACUUGGAUCCUUUUAAUGAAUAUUCAGACAAGGAAUUAUGGGAUGCUUUAUAAUAAACCUCAUUAGAUGAAUAUAUCAGAAAAUUGCCAAAUAAACUAGGUUCUGACAUGACUUAAGUUAAUUCUAUUUUUUCAGUAGGUUAGAAAUAAUUAAUUUGUUUGGUUAGAAUCAUACUAAGUAAAAAAAAAAUUAUUGUCUUGGAUGAAGCAACAGCUAAUUUAGAUUAAAAAACAGAUGAUCUUAUUCAAUUAGUGAUUAGUAAGUUUGAUGCUACUAUUAUAACUAUUGCACAUCGAUUGAACACUAUUGCAGAUUAUGAUUAUGUUAUGGUUAUGCAAGAUGGCAAAAUUAUUGAAUAUGAUAGACCAUUAAUGCUGUUAUGUAAUUCAAUAGAGGAUUUAGAAAUCACUAAAAAUACUGAAUUUGCUUAGAUGGUCAAAGCAACAGGGAAUGAAAAUUCAAAAGUAAUAUUAAAAUUAGCAAAAAGAAUUUAAAAUUGA